UGGCUGCGCGACGUACCGUAUACAUACAGAUUCAGGUCAGUCGACUCUAGUGAUGUCUUCAGCUGAUCGCCCUUUGCGAGAUCUUCUUAAGCGGCAUUACGAGUUUCUAACUGACGAACUUGACGUUGGGUGUCACAUCGCUGCUCUCUUCCAAGGAAACGUCAUUAGUGGAAAUGAAAAGGAGACCUUGACAAGCAAACAAGUCAUACAUGAACAGGCAACUUAUCUCAUAGACAGACUGCUACGUCGAGAUGAGGAAAAAAUUGCAACAUUUCUAGAAAUCAUGAAAACAAGUAAAGAGCAACCACACAUCUACAAGAAACUGUUUCUUAGAGACGAAUCUACAGAAGAGAAGACACAGGGUCAAGAUCAGGUCCGACAUCAGAAUGUGGAAGCAGUCGCUAGUUCACUGGCAGAGACGGAAUCCCCAUGGGAAAGACUGACGCGUAGUCAUCUAGACGUCCUCUCUGCAUGGCGACCUAGCCUGUUCUUGGAUCGUAUUCGGGCAGCUGGUAUACUUAACCAACAAGAACAUCAGGAACUGCAGAAAGCGUCAUUGACUGAAAGAGAUCGAUCCCACAGGCUUGUUAAAAUUCUUCCUAAAAAGGGAAGAAAAUCAUUUGAAACGUUUUGUAACGUUGUGUCUUCUGUGGAAGGUCAGAGCCUUAUUGUUAGUGAAAUGAAGCUGCAAAUUGUGCCCUUGUCUUCUGUUCAUGCCAGUGAGGUUACAAGUUGUGAUGAACAGAUUGAUCAAAGUUGUGAAUCACCCAAAAAGAAGAAAUUAAUUGAAGACUCGGGUUUGCCUGGAGACCUGCACAACAAGAAGACAAUUCCGACUGCAACGUUUCUCUUUAGAGAAACAGAUCAAGACUUUGUCAAGUGUUGGGAGAAGCCAAUAAAGGACUUGUGUCGAGAAUGCUUUGAAAUAGAGGACGAUGAUGUUGUGUUCUUGAACUCCUUACCACCUGAUGGUCAAUUGAUUCCAAAAACCGCUACUUUUAUGGGUGACUCAGACUACAAGGUUGCUGUACUUCAACUUAAUGGUGUGUCACCGCGUUUGGUUCAGAAGCACAAGGAUCGGUUAGUUUCAGUCAUUGCAGGUUUCUUGAACGUGAAAGAAGAUCUCAUUUAUUUCAUGGAAGUGAUUAAGGGAUCAUCUCUUGUGCUGCUAAAAAUUCGACUGGAUGCAUAUUUCAGUCUUUUUGCUGUACUUGGAAUGAAGGAAAAAUGUGGAGCUCUGUUCAGUAAAUUGAAAGAAAUAUUUCCAGGAUUAGUGGUGGCCAAGUUCAGACUAGGCGGUUUGCCAUCAAUACAGUUGACAAAACUGACCAGUAUUCCAAUCUUGACAAACAAAGAUUUUGCUGGAGACUUUGAUGUUGAUGUUAGAAUAUUUGUAACACAUCAGAUGUCAUCCUGUUUGGAUCACUUCAGUCAUAGUGCAAACCAAAUUGAGGGCAAGGUGCAUUGUUGUUUCAACUUAGUGGAUAGUCUAGAUUGCAAUACAGAAGUGAUUAGACAACAAGUAUCUAAGUUGGCAGCAACAGUCAGCUCUCAUCUGAACAGUCGAAGUAUAGCUGAAGAAUUUUGCAUCCCUUGGCACCACAAGAUUGAUUUGAGGCAUCUUCAACUUGUCGAUGACAUAAAAAAAAGAGGUGAAUUGGUACCACCUGUUGAGAUGACGUUAAAUUGUAAUAUCAUGGAGAAGAAUACACUUGAAGAAAAGUUGACUUCCUGUCGUCAAAAAUUUGACAAACUUCAGCAAAGACUGAAAAAUAUUGGGGAAUUUUGUACAGCUAAGAAAAAGACCGACAAAGAUAGUGACAUUUCAAGCUCUAAGAGUGCGGGAGAGAGCAAAGAGAAGGCUAGGAUUUUCGAACAACGCGUAUUCGUAAUUGAUACGGAACAGCUGGCAGGCAAUACAAUGACUCUAGCUGAACAAACGACAGGAAAUCGUACAAGUUUGAAAGAUUCGUCAAAAUUCUAUCGAAUUUCGGGAAGGCAGAGGACACACAUACAACGGAGAAUGCGUUCGCCUGCGGAUCUUCCUCCGCAUGUACGUCGUGUAUUGAAGGCUGCAGAAGAAGUGUUGACAAAAAUUCGACAUGGAGCAGAUGGAGGAACAAGCACACAGCCCUUAGAAAUGGAUAUUUGGGUACAUCUCGGGCGGCAGCUCCUUUCCAACGUCAAUUAUGGUGAGGCAGGUAAAGGUUUUCUGGUUCGGGAUGUGUUAUCAAGGCUGCAAAGACGUAAGCAAAGCAGCUAUUGGAAGACGUCGUACGAAGCGGGAGUGCAAGAACGAGAUUUCAUUUCUUUGGAUCGAUUUCUCAAGAUUCACGCUCAGCUGAUACAUUCGUGUACUCGUCACGACAUCACCGUUGCAACUCCAUCAAAUCGAAGGCGUCGUUUCAAGGUGUGGAUACCCGCAGAGUUUCGUGAAGUUCGCUCUACUGGGCAAGUGGUCGGUUGUGGUGUCGUCUCGCUUCCAUCUAUUAGUAGACUGGUGGCAGACGUUGCGUUACCAUACCUUCCAUUUGACUAUCGUUUACUCGUCAGAACAGCGAAUACUGACGUUACUGAUCUAAGCGAAAAAGAGAAGAAAGAGGAUGCCAUUUUGGAUCAAAAUUACUUCGAGAAAUUUUACAUUGCUGGCGAGGACCUAAAGAGUCUUCCAAAUCAACAGCUGCCCCCUAAAUACGAGCUAGAAUACUACAGGAAGUGCGAGCGACAAUCUUACCGAUUUAGAGGUUUUGAAUUGAUUGUUUCAAAGGAGCAGACAAUGCAUAGUAAACGCUGGGAGCCGAACAAGAUUGAUGUUCACAUUCACAGCAUCGAAUGUGAUUCUCUACUGCAGCAGAACGGAGGACGGGAUUGGAAACCUGAAGGUGUUCUUCCCUUUAUUCCAGGAAUGCUUGAUUGUGCAAAGAACAUCCACUACAAUUUGUUUUAGUAAGGACCUAGGCCGACUGUUGAACAGUUAGUUGUAUACGAAAUAAACCGUUGGGAUGCUAUUAGUUAUGGCUACAAACGUAUCUAGACAUUUGUUUGGUAAAGGGCAGAAGUUCAAUUUUUUGUGUGCGCAUCGGCUUAUAUAUAUAUAUAUAUAUAAACAGCCGUCCGCAUAAUCUAACUGACAUUCAUUCGCAAAUGCGCAUGAUUUGGAUGGCGUAGUUUCAAUGCAUGUUGUUGGUGUUAAAAUAAUAAU